AACUCUAGAGCACGCACCUGAACAAAAGCCCUGACGGAGAGGUAUGAGAGUAACGAAUGUGACAGCCUGACUCCCAGUGAACAGCAGGAAAACACUUGGAGGGUCUGGAUAUUUGCUGGAGCCGCGUUUCUUUGAGAAAAUGAGCAGUGUUCUUCCCUCGAGGAGGAUUGUGAACGACAAAGUGGGCUCCAGUGAAGAUGUAAUGUCAAGCUCUGUGACGGAGCAGAUCUCACAUCAAGACCCCGACAAGCAGACCAACAAGGAGACCCUCUCAUUCCUACUGCCCCUCCCUCAUCUUCAGUCAUCUUUACCUUCACCAGUCUCCCCUCCAUCAGAUCAGGCCUAUCUGCAGGCGGCAGUCAUCUUCCAGCAGCUGCGUGAGGAGAAGCCAGGCCCACUUCAGCCUCUGCGUUAUGGGAAGCAAACGGACACGCCGCUGCCCGAGGGCGGAGACAAACCCACACAGAGACGGGCCUACCAGCUCGCCUUCAACACGCUCAAAUACCAAGAUUUACUGGAGGACAUCAUCACUGACAGCUGCUUCCACACCUCGCAGCAAAUUUCCGCUGACUUGUUGCCCCUGGCGAUGGUGAUGCUGUUCGACUUCCAGGACCGAAAGUUUAUGUUGCGUGAACAAACAGCAAAGGAACUAGAAGAGCCUCUACAGGAAGUCAGGGAGCUGGAGAGGAGUCUGUACAAGCGUAAGACCAAGCUGGCAGCAUCUCUGGCUCGGUGCAGGGUGAAACUGAAUCUGCAGAGCAUCUCCUGCUUUCUUUCUGAUCCUGUCAGGACCAAACAGCACCGAGCAAAACGUCUGCCACUGUUCGCAUGGGUCAACACACUGAAGACCAGUGUGGAAGAAGUGUGUGAAGCGCUGCACGUUGCCGGCUUGUGUGAAGCUGAAGACCUGACUGACCUGAAGGACCUGGCGUUCUGCAGGGACUCGCUCUGUCCAGACACACUCGUCUUCUCCCGGCAGCUUCUCGCUCGGCUCCAGCACAGCAGCCUCACCGCCGCACAUGUACUGAACAUACAGGACAGGAGUGUGUGUGUGGCGGUGAGCGUGUUACGCCCCCUGCUGUUUGAUAACGGUGACGUCCUGGUGGUGGGGUCCUUCUCUGCUGUGACUGUGGCUCACGUAGCUGUGGUGGCCUCCGCCCGCUCAGGCCGAGUGCUGGUGUGUGGUGCUGAUCACACGUCCUCUCAGGUGGAGGAGAUUCAGGGCCUGCUCGGAGACAUGGACAUCAAGAAUGUGCGGAUCCUGUCGGAAGCAUUCUGUGGUCUGAACGAGUGGGACGCCGCCGUCCAGCGUCUGAAGGUCAUCCUAGUUCUACCUCAGUGUUCGUCCUCUGCCCUCAACGACCCCGUACCCACCAUGCACAGCGAACAUGGAAACUGGGAUCUGCUGUCAGACUUGUCUCACGGUUCUGUAGCCCGGAGCAAAAUACACGUGAUGGCCGCCCAGCAGGCACGACUGUUAGCGCACACCCUGACCUUUCCGAAGGUUCAGACGGUGGUUUACUGCUCACGUUCAGUUUAUCCUGAGGAGAACGAACAGCUGGUGAAAAGAGUGUUAGACAAAACACACACUCACCCCAAACUGCUGCCCUUCAGGGUGAACGGUCCAAUUUUCCCGGUUGACUCCGAGUCAGAAGACGCCACAGUAUCCAAGUUCUUCAGACUCGAACCCUCUCAGGUCACCAACGGCUGCUUCGCGGCCAGACUGUCCCGACAGGCUGAUCCCACUAAGGUGGAGACGGUGCAGGACGUGCUGGCAAGGGCGGCAGCGAAGGGCCUCCUGGGUGGAAUAUUACCAGAUCAACUAAAAAUGGGGAAAAAGGGGAAAAGCAGGAAGAACCGUGAGGCAGGGAGCGAGAGAGGUCCACCCGAAGAGGAGAAAGGUGAGGGGGAGGUCAAGGGUAAUGAGGAGGAAGAGGAGGGCAAAAGGGAGGAAGAUGGAGGAAAGAGGAGAGGGGUCAAAGGGCGCAAGCGAAAGCUCAAACAAGGACAAAAACAAAGCAAAGCUCCUGCAGACGCCAAGCAGCAGACUAAAAGCCAGAAAAAGAAACCAACGAAGAAAAAAGGCAACCAAUCACAUCCCACUAAACGUCCUUCAAAAAGCAAACAAAGACGAAUCCCUCGUCUCACGCUGACCUUGAUGUCCUCAGAGAAAACAUCCAACCAAUUGUCACCCAUCACAGCCCUGGCACACAGGCUGAGUGAGACUCCAGUGAUCGGGUCCCAACGGACGGUCUCCAGCGCCCCUUCCUCUGCUGGGAAACACCCCUCGCCUGCACCAACAGCUCCAUCCACCCCCCCUGCGGCCUCCAGGCAGCUGCAGGGACACAACACGCAGCCUGAGAGACAAGAGAAAACAUUGAGGGAUGGAGACAAAUCAGUGAGUCCGUUAAAGGCCCGGGGGAAAGUGGUCGGACCACAGGAAGUGAGGAGGGCUGCUAGAGGCUCUGUCCUUCCACCCAUUCCCUCCCCGUCCUCUGGAUCUCUACGCAGCAGGGCUGGUAGUUCUCCGUCCCACACGUCCCACUCUCACCACAAGAACAUGUCCACGUCCUCCUCCUCAGUCUCUCUGCCUGGAUUAUAGAGACGUGGACGUUAGACUCACUGAUGUCCACUUCAAUGACUCUGAUGCUACAGUCACUGGGAUCGGACAGAAAAACUAUUCCCAUCAAUCCAUUAUCUAUACCACUUAACCUUUGAGAGUCACCAAUCAAUACAUUGUUAAAUCACUUUCCAAGUAAAUGACAUUCAUGAAUUUAUAUACAGUAAAUUCAUAAUUAAAGCAUAUUCUAUUUAUUUUAAGUAUUUAAAAAGUUAAAUUAUUGUGUUUGAUUCUUGUGUUUUUUAUCUUCUCUUCAAGAGAUGCACAAAUAAAUUAUAACCCCUGUUUGCACCUUAUUAACUUAACCAAUAAAUAUAGUAAUAACGAUUGCUUUCUUUUUCUGUGCACCUUUAUGUAUUUAAACCUCCAUCGUUUCUCCAAGUGAAAUCCUCCUUGACAGCUCGUAACUUGUGUUCUGAGAUAUUUAACGGAACCAGAGUGAUUUGUUCUUGGAAUGUUUGAAUGAAUGAUGGUAAUCAUUUGUUUUUGGUUGAAUGUGAGGUUCUCUGUGUUGUUCCUUGUUUGAUGUAACUGAGGUAGCAGAUGUUUGAGUUUUGAGUUCAACCACAAAGUUUAUUGUUAUACCCCCAAAAAUAGAGUGGGUAGGUAGAGCAAAUGAUUUGAGCUUCUUCCUACUACUUUCGAGCAUGAGGCCAACAGUCCACUUUAAAACCACGUUAAUCCACUACAGCAGCAUUUUUAUUUGGACCACAUUGUACACAAUCAUUAAUAUCAGUCCCCU